CACGACACGGACUCACACCUUGAUUGACCCCGGCGGUAUCCCCGACUGUCCCUCCUCCCUCUUGAUCCUUUCCUCUCAGGAAGUCACAUCGCUGCCGUCUCCAUGUACACUGGCUGCACGAGGGGCGUAUCCCUGUACGUCACAGACUAGGUCUCAGCUCCAUCUCCAUCUGACCUGUGCGAAGACGGCAAGAUGGCAGCCCUUCCUCCUUCUCACCCACACCGUCCGGACUCUCGCGCAGCCCAUGCAUCGCAGAGCACCUCACGGGGCGCAGUGCGUUCGCGACCGAGAUCUGCUCUGGCUUUCGCCCGCAACUUCUUAAGCCAAUCGGGCAAAGCUGCUAAUCAAGGGAAAGUCUCUGACAGCUCAGCAAGGCCGGAAGCCACACUCUCAAAGCCACGAGGCCAGCCAAGUACCAGAGACUCCCUCUUGAGGCCAACCACUCCUUCUCAUACGCUCGUGUCAGAGUCCAUACAAGAUACACGCAGACCGGGGCGCUAUUCAUCCCUCUUCCGCAGACCAAGUGGACCGGAUCUCGCCACCUCGCCCGUAUUUUCGGCCUCCUCUUCCUCCCUUCCCUUGACGCAUACAAUGCCGCUGGAUGGUCAGUCUCACAGCACCCGUGACCGCCAGAGAAGAGCAAGCUUCUCCCACUUGACGCGCGGCAAAUCCUCGUCUGGCGUGGGCAACAAAGCACGCGUUGCCACGUCAGAUGUGCUUGACGAAGGCCUGGCUCAAGCACCUCCUUCUGCUGCUCGCAAAAUCUACAAGAGCGAGGACGUGGUGAACUACAUCAGGCAAGGAGUCGUUCCGCAGUCGAAUGUAGACAAGACGACCGAAGCCGAGACUCGCUCGGCCAUCUUGGCAUCGUCCAGCUUCGAUAAUUCUUCUAUCGCUCCAGAGACCCCUGACAACAGCAAUAGGCCUCAUCGCAGGAGCAAUAGUCUGAGUUCUGCAGCCUUACUGAGCACCGAUGCCUUCAGUAUACGUCGGGGUAUCUUCGAGCGCAAGAAACACACAAACAAAGACGAACAUGACUGCGUCGUAUCGGAAAGCAGCGAUACCCUUGCCCCAACGAACUCGCCGACCCCUCUCUCGGGCAUUUCCACGCGGGGAACUUUAUGGUCCGAUAGACCAUCUUCAUCCCAAAGCUUUUCUCUCCUCCCAAGGUCCAGCAAUAAGCUCAGACUCAAAAGUUCCCCUUCGACAAUGACGGGAAGCAUCAAAUCUGCCGGUAGGAAAGGUUGGACAGUGGUUCGUGGACGGGUGACAACGCCAACAACCUCGGCAGAUGAGUCGGGAUGGUCUCUGACCUCAUCAUGCGAGAGAGACCUGCUCAAUGAUGCCACUCAGCGCUGGCUGCAGCUGGAAGACGCAAGCUUUGCAGAGUCGCCCGCGGGUCAUGGCCUGAUCUUUGGGGUGCCCCUCGCAUCGGCUGUGAUCCGAACCCGCCUCGUCUCGCCAGGCGCUGAUUCCGAUCAUCAUUUGGGUGCCCCCGAGACGGUUGAUCGCAGCCAACCUCAAGGUGAAAAAGUAUGCUUGGCCCUCGCAGAAAGUCCUGCCUCCACAAUUGGUACUCUUGAUUUCGGCGAAGAGUUCACAUUUCCCUUGUCCCUUUUGACGGGAGAGACGGGCGACGGCUCUGCACUCCAGUCAGACGAAAUAGUGACACCUUCCGCGAACACCAACUCUGGAGCGCACUUGCCGCAGAGCUCCCCCGUCGUUUCAAAUCCACUCGAUCGUCAGAGUGCCCGGCACCAGAUGCUGCCCAGAUUCGUGACCAGGUGCCUCGAAUCCCUAGAGACGUUUGGUGUACAAGAGGAAGGGAUCUAUCGUCUUUCUGGCCGAUCCUCACACACUGCCAGGUUGCGAACCGUCUUUGAUGGCAAGUGUGAGCCGCCUUGGGCACGGCAAGGCGGAUUUGCCUACGACUUGGACCUGAGGCUCGUCUCACCGGCCGACUGCGAUAUCAAUUCGGUGUGUUCAAUCCUGAAGGCGUACCUGCGGGAGCUUCCGCAGCCCCUUCUUACAAGAGCUCAGCUUGGCAGACUCGACGCCUCCCUCUCUGGCGACACGAUUGACCUUGAUGAAGCUCGAGACAGCCUACAGGAUUCUGGAGUCUACGAAUGGUAUCUUAUGAGAGAAAUCGCGUUGCAUCUCUUAGACAUCUCUUCCGACAAAGCAGUUGCCAAGACACGGAUGACUCUGUCGAGCAUAUGUCUGGUGCUUGCGCCAACGCUCGCGAUCCCUGUCCACCUCUUGCGAUUCAUCGUGCAAGAGCACGAGGCCCUUUUCGCUAGCGGCCCAAGGCAAAAUCCCGAAUCCAGCAUUGGUAGCCGCUCGACCCAGUUGGAACGUGCAUGCGAAGCGAACUUGCUCAUCGGUGAGAGUUCAGCCAAUAGCAAUCGACAAUCGAAUGCAAGCAGUGUCUCCACCAUCCUUCCGCGUCGCGAACAAGCCGGGCCUGGCUGCGCGGGUGCAGUCCAAUCCGGACAGGUAUGGUCCCCGACAGCGGCGCCUGCUUUGACUUGGCUCACACGUCGGCCCGUUGGCUCGCAGGGGUCCGACCGUCAGCAUGACCACCGGCCUUCCACGAGCUUUGCUUCUCUAUCUCUUUCAUGCACGGACACGGCAUCAACGCAGCAAUCGUGUCCUUCUUUGGUCAAUCUGGAACCGCAAGAUUCUGGAGUUUCUUCCGAAGCAGCAUCCAGUCUCAACACUAUUGCUUCUGCGACCUUCAAGGAAGGAGCUUUUGAGACUCUCACCCACUCUGCGGCGUGCUCGAGCUCCCUUCCGCACGACCUACCUCAUGACAUGCCGGCUCAGCCCUCCCCAGAUGACGUCCGUGGGCGAGCAGGCUCGCCAACCCUACCCUCUUUCACACUGACUUCUUAUCCUGCUUUGAGUGCUGCUGGUGACAAGCACAUGACGUCGACGUCUUCAGUUCUGAUACCCCAGGGAUCCUCCUCCUCGCUGCGUAGCAGUAGACCACCCAGCCAGUAUGUCACCCCCACGUCUUCUCCUCGCAUGAGCGAAGGCUCACCAUAGUGGCCACGUCUGGUGUCUUGUCGCCCCUGUACCUCCCUUGUUCGUCGCCCUGGAAUUACCUGCCUUCUGCGACAUGUGCGAAGACCAAAGGUGCCUCGUCGCCUGCCCUUCCGUUGUGCGCGGCUCACAGGGUCGAA